CCAGUAAUCCAAGACUUCCGCUAUAAAUAGGCAGGAUGGUCCUGAAACCAGUAGACUGUGACUUGCUAUAAAUAGGAUGGAGUGCAGGAACUCUGACCUGUGAAGUUCUAAAAAUAGGCAGGAAUGUCUAGUUAAUUGUGGUUAUAUAUAGAAGGGAGAAUGAUGGCUAGUCAACUAUAAAGAGAUAACAGUACUGAGGGCACAGUGAUACUCAACCUUUAUACAGAAAAAUAUUGUUAUCUACAGUAACACUACACCUGUAUAUAUAAGGUUCAACUCCAAACACCUUCCUCACAUUUUCCAGAAAAAAGCCUCUGGGUAUGAGAAUAUUUUUGUCCUGAAACUGCCUACAGUCAUACAACUAGAUUUAUUAUCACCUGUAUCAGGUGUGUAUAGUCAUAUACACAAGAAAGGCACAUUUCUCACCAAACCUCUCAGCUAGUUGUUAUUGUACAAGGAAUGCUUUACACAUACUAAGGACAUUUUGGCCGUUACUAACCAAAAUACAAUGGAAUGUCACAAAACUUUACUGGAAGUAUAAAAGCCAAAAUUUCUGUGCAUUCGUGAUGAAAUUCUUUCCUUCUUAGGAUAUACGUACAUAGAUAACCAAUCAAAAAACAAUGUGGAAUGUGAUAAUAAGAGGAAGAUAUGUGUUGUGACAUUAACAGAAAUGUAAUGUGAAAUGUGACAAUAAGAGGAAUAUAUGUGUCAUGUGUUAAUAACAGGAUUUUAGUGUGUGGAUGAUGAUUGAUAACAGGAAAAUAAGUGUUACAUAACUUGAUACAAUAAGGAAGACAGGACAGGAAAAGUGAUUAAACUAGGAAGAUAUUGUGAAAAGUGAUAAUUAGAGGAAUAUAGUCUGAAAUGUAAUAAUAAGAGGAAUAUAUUGUGUAAUGUGAUAAUAAGAGGAAAAUUAAUAAUCUGAUAACAGAUUAUAGGAUCAAUAAUGUGAAGAUACACAUGGAACAUGGAUUGUUUACAAGACUUAAAGGUUCAAAUGUCAAGGCUAAAACCAACCAACAAGCUGUGAGCAGAAUUCAUAGUUCACCGAAUCUGUGAUAUAAAAUACAAAGUGCUGUUAUAGGUGUGGUCUGUUUACAACAGAAUGUCCUCUACAUCUGUUUAUAUGAGACAAAUAUGAGGCCUCUUCAUUUAACGACGACAUGUGGAGAUAGAUUGAAUUGAUUGUCUAUCUUACUUCUGCAGCGAUGCCUGAAUACUACCAACAUGGAAGUAGACUUUUGAUUUACGAAAUCAGGUCAUCAUGAAUGUCACUGUUAAUCCAUUUUUGACUUUUUUUAAUACCACUGAUCCAAGUUUACUCACUCAGUUUUCACACGUUAUAAAUGCCACAUCCUGGACAAACCUUCAGCCUCAGAACUUACACGAGCGAGCUGAAGUGAUCCUGUCACAGCCCGAGACAAUACUAAUAUUAGUGCUGAGUUUUUUGGCUCUGUUGGUGAACACAUUAUCCAUAUGUGCCACGGCCAGCAUCCCCCACGGACUGACAACUCAUUCCAAACUCAUCAUAAGUCUUGCUUUGUCGGACAUUCUAGUUACCUUAAGCGUAUUCAUUCAUGUACUCAACAAAGUUUUUAACCCUGCCAAAGUGCCGCCACAGCUGGAUCCAGACGAACGUUUAACAUCGUCUUGCAUGUUUGCUUUGAUCAACGGACUAAACACAAUGGCCCAUCUGAUUUCCCUCCUAAACCUUCUUGCCAUGGCUAUAGACCAUUACAUUGCAGUGCUACAACCACUAUACUACAACACCAUUCUGAGCCGAAUUAAAGGCAAUAUCAUGAUAGCCUUGUUAUGGAUUCUUGCUAUCAUUGGCGGGUUCUGUAACUUUUUAACAGGUAUAAGAAAGUACAAAGAUCUUGCACUCUAUAUGAACUACUGUGAAGUGAUUAUGUACAAUGAUUUUCACGGAGAAUACCUCAUAAUGAUAACCACCUUCAUCUGUCUUGUGUCGAUCUCCUUCAUCUACCUAAGGAUCUACUGUGAGGUGAAGGCUAUUAACAGCCGACUAACCUAUCUCCAAAAAGACAAUUUCCAUAACAAGAAAUCGUUAAUAACAACACUACUUAUUAUCGGUACUUUUAUCCUUUGUUGGCUUCCGACUUGUAUUUUUCAAAUCGCCAUGGUGAUUCAAGUUCAUGUAAAUCGGGAGAUGGUAAAAAAGUUAUUUGUGGCAUUACUUCGUGCGAACAAGUAUCUCUACGCACUACUAUUACUGAACUCCGUGUGCGAUCCGAUUAUUUAUGCGGUGCGUCUGAAGGAUGUUCAGAUGGGCUACUACAGACUUUUGUCUCGUUGUUUUAAGUGUUAUGCAAUAAAGAUCAAAGAGAAAUGGCAGAAUUCCUACCUAGAUCGUCGAAACACAAGGACAAAAUCGUCCAUUGUGGAAAUGGAUGACGGAGAUUCUGACGAAGUCUGUGAACCUAUUACAAGCAAUAGUGAUCAAGAACAGGGUAUGGAAAUGGUCACAGUUUCAUCUGAAACAAGGUUCUUGACGAAUGGAGAAUUCGUUGAGGAAGAGCAGACAUUAUGAUCAAAAAUCAUGUAUGUACAUUCAAAACUGCUUUGGCAUCUCAUGUGACAACUUUUCAUUCCCACUGAUCGCUUAAAUGUAUAACAUUGUUACAUGACCCCUGGCCUGAUUUAUAUCUUAUCCAAAAAAUACUGACUAAAAAAUCCAUAAAUAAAAAUAUUAAUCAAUGUGUAACUGUUGAUUCACUAUAGUGUCAAGAAAUUUAAAAGCCUACUAUUUGGCUUAGUUAGUGAAACUUCAUUCAUUAAUUCAAUAGUCAUUUACAGCAUUUCCUUACAUCAUUCAUAAGGAACUUUGUACCACUCCAUGUGAUAGUUAAUUUACGAGAUGUUCUCCUACUUGCCCAGGAGUAUGUGUAUACUGUAAUAUGUGUUUAGGAAUUUGGUCAGUUGCCUCCAUUUCUGGGGCCUGCGGUGGCCGAGUGGUUAAGGUGUCCCGACACUUUAUCACUAGCCCUCAACCUCUGGGUUGCGAGUUCGAAACCUACGUGGGGCAGUUGCCAGGUACUGACCGUAGGCCGGUGGUUUUUCUCCGGGUACUCCUGCUUUCCUCCACCUACAAAACCUGGCACGUCCUUAAAUGACCCUGGCUGUUAAUAGGACGUUAAACAAAAACAAACAAAGAAACAAACAAAAGCCUCCAUUUCUAUCUUCUCGUGAACCUAACCAGGCUAUUCUAUUUGGAUAAGUGAAAUUUGUCAGUACAUUAAUUAAUUUUCUAAGAGUCGUCAAUAGUAUUCCCUUAAUGUACCAUACCAUUCUCAGAUAUUUCUCUGACUAUACAUAAUUUCUGCAUCAAUAUUUCUCAUAAUGUAGUGCAAAAAUAGUUUUCAUAUUAUGUAAAAGAUUUCCCCCAAAGCAGACGGGCAGGUGUAUGUAUAUAUGUUUAUAAAUUUGUUCAGUCGGGUCAUAACCAUGGGUCAGUGUCUAAUUUUGGAAAAUGUUGUGGUCAUAACCAGUCGCAUGAUACAAAUAAUGAUAUUAUUGGUACUGACCAGACAUUCAGUGACAUACGUGGGUCGGUUUAGGCCCCAGUUCCACGGCCACAAAUAUAUCAGGGCAAUACCUUAUGUGCUUAUGUUGCUAUAAUAUAUACCUUAUAACUAAAUCAUGAAUCAGACAAUCAAACAGAACUGUUUAUACAUAUAUAUGGAUUUGAAUUAAGUGUAUGCAUCAAAUGUUAUUUUAAUUUUACGUGUAUUUAGAUUGUUACAAGUCAUUGUCAUGUUUUAUUGUAUUUACUUUUCAUAAUAGCUUUUUCCUGACUUAUAUUUGUUGAAGAAUGAAGUUAUUGAAUCCUUGAAAAAAAAGGAGAAAAAAACAACAAAAAAAACCAAAACCACACCAGUGUCGCCAAACAUGUUAAGUCAUGUCAAUCUGAUGUCGUGCAUAUCAUGGCAUGUUCAAAUUGUAAGAAAUGUUGAAAUUACCCAAUAUUUAAUUACGUUAUUUCAGAACAGAAAAUUUGAAAAUCAAUUUUGAGACUUGAAUAAUAAAAAAUACUGUUUAAGUCUGGUACAUUUAUCAAUUAUAGACCUUUUGUGAGGUCAAUUAUGGUGUUAUACUGACCUGGUAGAAUCAAAUAUUAACCGAGGUCAAAGGUCCUUAAUUUAAAAUUAGAUAUGAAACUUUUUCAAAAAGGAUAGGAUUGCAUUAAAUAGGAAAUUUAUACUGUUGCCAGGGCUUCGAUAAAGUACUCGUCCACUCGUCUGGAUGAGUGAAAAUGCCACACUGCUGGUAUGGUUCGUCCUUAGCAAUCAUCCCUGUGCUGAUUAAACUUUUCUUUCAGAGGUAAUAAAUAGGGCAUAUCUGUAUAAUCCCAACAUCGUGCAAAACAAUUCAUAUUAAAUAGAUACCAUAACGGAAACCCCAUAAUGUAUGUUAUGACAACAAAAAAUAAAUGAACAAUCUAUUUUU